AUGCCUACUGCAUUCCUUGGUUGUCGCGCUGCCGUUCAAGCGUUCGAAGUCGGCAUUGACCUCUUCUCGCGUUCCCGCCUCAACGCUAUGUCUGAGGCCGAGAUUAUGGCUACGCUAUACCGCCUGCAUAGUUAUAUGUUAGCAUUGUUUUCAGACAUCCUCGCUCGUCCUGGUGGUCCUACGUCACACAAGUCUCGUUUACUGGCGUCCGUUUACAAUGCCGCCCAACACGUUGAAGAACACAACCGAAGUACUGCCUGGGAGGAAUGGCUGCAAGAACCAUUGGAUGGUCGUGCGCUUUAUAGCCCUGGCGAAUGCCUAGACUCCAGCUUUACCACGGGGUACAUAGGAGAGGAGGACGCGCCGAGCGACCGCAGGUCUUCGUCACCUCCGGGGAUCAUUACUCCCCGAGGUCGAGCUCAUGUCGUUCACUCCCCUUCUCCUACGGGAUCCGAUUCGUUGUUUCUACCAAGCCCUGGCCCAGAGUCCCUGCCAGUUUCCUCGCCUGACUCGACGCCGCCUGUCCCUGUUCGAAGGUCGAAGCGUACUCGUGCCAUGGUCAUGGACGAAGAUUCGGAUGUGGUCGAGAUCAUCGAUCCUCCGUCUACAACACCCUUGAAGCUGGCUAUUGGCCCUCCAGGUAAACGACGCAAGAUUAUUGAGAAACCCUCGUCUGACGACGAGGCCAUCCAACAUCCCAACCGUUCCCGUUCAAGCUCGUCGGACUCUAUGCCCGAACCUUGCCUUCAGUGCUCCGCGCGCAAGGAUUCCGCUGUCAAGAACUGCACCUUUCGUGGGUGGGGCACUCCCUGCGGUCCUUGCGAUGUAGUGCAUGUUUCUUCGUGUGAAUACUAUCUGAAUGAUGAAUGCCGAGGGGCUGUCAGGGAUGUCAUCCGUAACCGGUUGGCUAUUCAUGCGCCUUCAGCUAUAUCUGCACUGAUGGAGUCCAUCAAAGAAGACGCGCUUCAUAUGCGCACCCUAUCCGUGGUCCUUGAGGCCAUUCGCAAUCGUCGUGAUGCCAAUCUUCGAGAGUUCGCAAACGCCAUCGCGGACCUGUGUCUCACCGCCGAGCCUGGAACUCUUCUAGGCACUGUUUUCGAGACUCGCGAGGAGUUCGGCUUGUGGUACAGCUUCGUUCAAGACUUUGUAGAUACUCAGGGGGUCCCAGUGCCUGCGGGUUCAACGACGGCCGAUUUGGAGAGACUCGUCUCGCUUUUUCAGCGAGACGAUUCUCCUCCCAUUGCUGGGCCUUCAUCUCUGACACCUCGUCAAUGCCGUGUCUGCUCGCUGUCCCUUAUUCCUUCUAUCGCCGUUGCUUCGCCUGGUCUUCCACCUUCUGCCCAUUCUCAGGAGGAGGAGGAGGAGGUUAUCGACGAGCUUGUUGACGAGGAAAUCUUGACUUUCUCUUUCUUGAACUUUGAGAUUUGUUCCUAA